CUCUCUUCUCUUCUCACAGUCACCGCUGACACCUGCGACGCGUUUCGUUUGUGCUGCGCCAAAAAGAAGGCAAAGUCCAAUUUUUUGAAAAAGAGGUUACUGAUUUCAAGCCACUCGGGAACGAUAUACAUUUUUCUUUUUUCUCCGUCUAAAUGGAUCCCAGCAGCAGCAGUAGACCUGCGGUGGCAGCAGAUGAAGACGAAGCCGUCCGUUUUGCGCUCCUCAGAGCCGGAGUUCUGGGGUUAAUUUUUGUGUUUGCCACAUGUGGCAACCUUUUCUUCUUAGUCACCCUGUGUAAGAGGAGGAAGAGGAACUCGCGGACCCAGCUUUUCCUCUUGCACCUGUGUCUAGCGGAUCUGGUGGUGGCUUUCUUCCAAGUCUUGCCGCAGCUUUCCAUGGAAAUUACGCACAGGUUCCGCGGGACGGACUUCCUCUGCCGCCUCGUGAAGUACUUGCAGGUGGUCGGGAUGUUCGCCUCCGCCUACAUGAUUGUGGCCAUGGCCAUUGACCGCUACCACGCUGUUUGCAAGCCCAUGGUCUCCUUCCUGGAGGGCUCCUUCAGGAGGUACAUCUCCAUAGGCGCAGCGUGGCUCAUCUCCCUCGUCUUCAGCUCCCCGCAGCUCUUCAUCUUCUCCCUCCAGGAGGUGGAGGCGAACCUGUAUGACUGCUGGGCGACGUUCGUCGAGCCCUGGGGGAGCAGGAUCUACAUCAGCUGGAUCACUCUGGCAGUGUUCGCGCUGCCCGCGGUCAUCUUGUUGUUUUGCCAGAUGAGGAUAUGCACAACAAUCUACUUCAACAUGAAGAGGAAGGCUCUGCAGUCGGGGCGCGCAGGCACGAAGGGGGUCUCCAGUGCAAUGCUCAAGACGGUGAAAAUGACUUUUGUGAUUAUAAUGGCGUACACGGUGUGCUGGAGCCCCUUUUUUGUCGUGCAGCUGUGGUCGGCGUGGAGCCCGAGCAGCGCGCCUACGCAAGGUCCCAUAUUUUCAAUUAUCAUGCUGCUCGCCAGUCUCAACAGCUGCACAAACCCUUGGAUAUAUCUCUACUACAGCUGAGAAACCCCUCGCCCCCCCCCAAAAAAAAUUCUCAAUUGAACCUCAUAAGAAAACGAGAAAUAAUUAACAGGAUUUCUACAGGUUCCCACCUGUGAGGACUGAGGUGAAGCGAUCCUUUUUUUUGAAUCGCACGGAGAAGACUUUGAGGAAGAAAGGCACAUCUGUUUGUGUUCUCUGUUGGCGAAAAAUAUCCUCUCGCUCCUUUGUGCAAAAGAGAGAGGUGUAUAUUUAGCAGACUGCGGGGAAACCGUCAAAGUAACAGAACACAAAUAUAUUCAAACAGGCUUUAUCUUUUCAGAAGGCGCUGCAGUGACUGCAUGGAGGAUUGUCUCCUGCUGGACCAAGAUAAAACAGAAAUGAGCAAUCAGAGACAUAAACAUUCGGGGGUUUAUUCCUGUCGGUGUGUAGCUAUGGGUAAACAGGACAUGUGGAGGCUGGGAGUAGAAACUGGCAUGUUAAAAUUCAGUUUUCAGACAUAAAUGAAAAUAAAUUGUCGCGUCUAGACAGUUGACUUUGCAAAUGUAUUUUAAUUUCAGUUUUUCCCAGGUGAAGCAAGGUAUUUCUUACUUUUUUCAGUGUUUCAUACCAAAAUGAGGUCAAGUAAGCGCUUUCAGCUAGAAAACACCAUUCAGACUUUGACUGGGUCAAGACAAUACGCUAUUAAAUAAUUGAUAUUUUCAACAUCUUUCAUGAUUACUAGAAAACCUAAGAAAUAUUUCUGUGAGGAUUUUAGCCAGUUUGUAUGUUUUGCUAUGGUUGACCCCUAAAAGUAAGUGACAUCGCAUACAUUCUUAGCAUUAGCAUUAAACUGUGUUUACGUCAUCCCUGCAUAUAAAAACAGUGGAGGAACGUGAGCUUUGAAAGUUUUUGCUUUCA